CAAAAAUGACCGAAGAUCUCAAACUAAUCGUGCUGGAAGUGAACAAGCUGCUCGAAACGGAAUACAACCUGAUAACGUUUGAUUCGUUGUCGCCGGAAUCGCUGCUGCAGGUGAUGAUCGACGUGUUUCAUGCCUUCGAUGCAAUCGAUAAGCUGGAUGUUCGGGAAAACGACCCGGAAGAGACCAACGUACAUGUGAUGGACGCUUUAAGAAAGAUUCAAUAUCGUCCACCGGGCGAUAUGGAUGAUCCCGGAGCGUUCCGUCGUGGGUUGGUCCGUGGCGAGAAGAAGUUAAUACAUCCGAUCCUGCGGUGGACGUUCGACAAUCGGGAGAGAGUUAAGAAGUCAUCCUAUUUGGCUAAAUUUCUAAUCCCGUUGGACCUACCACCGGAGGCCAUGUCAAUGCCUGAUCUGAGUAGCAUGUGGGUGCAAUACUUGCAAACCAUGGAUGAUUUCAAGGACGCUCAUCGAGCGUACGAACAGUCGGUCCACGAAGGCGCCCAAACCCGGGAGCUGCGAAGUGACAUUGGUGCAAUCGAAACCGAAAUCGAGAACGUCAAGAAACGCAUCGAACGAACUCAAACGCGGCUGGACAAGGUGCCUCAACAGGAACUACUCCUUGAAGCAGCCAACAGCUUGCGAAUCGAAAAGGAACGCCAGAAGGAACUUCUGUCGCAAAUCGAAGAGCAAAAGCAAGGGCUCAAUCGAGCCAGCAUGAUUCACGAUCGACUGCAGAAGGAUCUGCACAAUGCAAAGAUGUCCGUUCAGGGUGCCACGCCUCAGAACUUGAUGGAUAGCCUUAUUGAGGAAACGCAAGUUCUUGAGUUUAUGGUUCAGCAGAAGCUACCUCAGGAACUUCUCCAGCGGAGAUCCGAGGUGCAAACCCUACAAGAGGUAAUCGACGAACCAAACAUCGCCCGCAGUGAUCUCGUUGAAAUGCAAAGCAAAAUCGACGAACUGAACCGGGAAAUUCAGAAACACGUUGAAGUUCGAAUGGCUGAAUACAACAUUCAGAAUGACACGCUGGGACCGUUUCGGCAACAGGCAGCCAUGGUUGCCCGUAACAAAGAAGCCGCUGCCGAGCAGCUGGACCAGACGACCAAAGAGCUACGUGAAAUCGAUAAUCAACUCCAGGACAAGCAACGCAAGCUGCAGGACACGGUUGGAGAGGUGAUCCUUCGCGGUGAGGAACUGAAGCAAUUCGUCAACACGCUGCGUGCUAAGAGCAAUGUCUACAAGCAACAACGUGCAGACUUGGCUUCGGUCAAAGCCGAGGUGACCGACUUAUCGCAGACGCUGGAAAAUCUUAAAACUCAAGACCCGUCCCUUUCGAGCACCCUGUCCCAGGUGACUGACGAAGAUUCCUCCAUGGCCGGUAGUAGCCUCGCCAGUGGAGGCGAAUUCGACAGCCGCCCGGGCUCGCCGGGAAUUGCGUCCCGUGGUAUGACCGAACUGACUCGGCUGGUCGACGGCCUGCAGCGGGCCGUCACAGCCGCUCGGGAACGUGUCACACCUCUGUCGCAGCAACUGCGGCCGCUCCGGGAGCGGGUCAUUGAGCUGAAGGAUGAGAUGGACUCGAAAAAGCAGUCCUACGAUGCGCUGAUUGCCACCCUGAAUGCCGAAUCGGCCGUAAUGCAGAGCAAGAUCACCGAUACGGAGAAAUCGAUCAAAGCGCUGGAACAACAGUGGCAGGAGUUGCAGCUGGAGUUCGAACGCUCGGAGCUGUUGCUGGAAAAGGCCAACGAGGAGAUUGCCAACCUGGCCGCGAUUAACGGCGACGGGGCGUCCGGGAAGCCGGCGAGGAUUUCGUUGAAAGAAACGCUGGCGCAGCAAAUUUUCGAACAGGAAACCAUCGGCAAACGAUUGGUCGAGGAAAGGGGUAACCUGCAGGGGAGCAAAACGGAGCGGCAGCGCCAGCAGGAAAUGUGGGGCGAUUUGAAACGAUUGUUUGAGGUGAAAAUUAGGUGUUUCCAGGACAACAAGCUUCGGGGACCGGGUGGAACGUUGAGCGUCAGCCGAGGUGGGGCGGAAACGUUUAUUUUGCAAUGAAUAAAAGGCGGGACGUUUCUCUCGAUUAACUAGCACG